AUGCAGUCGUCUUUGCCAGGAACAGUCCCUCGAAUGAUGCGACCAGCGCCUGGACAAAACUAUCCCCGCACGGGCUUCCCUUUAGAAGGUAGGUCUUGCAUGCAACUUACAAACAUCCGUUACUGACAUGUGGACAAAAAAUUUAUGGAUAGAAUCAAAAAGGGUUCUAUUGCUUGCUUCAUAUAUGGUACCCCUAAAUGUUCAAUAUAGAACCCUUUUUUUAGGGUUCUUUGAUCAGAACCCCAGGGGUUCUUCUUCAAUCAACCAAAAUUUGUACUUUUUUAUAUGGAACCAAUUUCGGUUCUAUAUAGAACCUUAAGGGGUGCCAUAUAUGAAGCAAUCAUAGAACCCUUUUUGGUUCUACCCAGAACCUUUUUUGUGACUCAUUUAAAGCAACAUUGUUUAUCAAUAGUUUUUGCAUUUGAUUUUGGCCUUUAUCCUCAAUUACAUUUGAACUAGUCUCCCGAGUGGCGCAGUGGUCUAAGGCACUGCAUCGCAGUGCUAGCUGUGCCACUAGAGAUCCUGGUUCGAAUCCAGGCUCUAUCGUAGCCGGCGGCGACCGGGGGACCCAUGGGGCGGCGCACAAUUGGCCCAGGGUAGGGGAGGGAAUGGCCGGCAGGGGAUGUAGCUCAGUUGGUUGAGCAUGGCGUUUGCAACGCCAGGGUUGUGGGUUCGAUAAAAUAAUGUAUGCGCUAACUGUAAGUCGCUCUGGAUAAGAGUGUCUGCUAAAUGACGUAAAUGUAACUAGCAUAAUGUUAGGUCAAUAUAGGCUAUAGUCAGACAAAAUGAAAGGAGAAAUUUGGCUAUUCAUUAUUUCACAUAGGUGUGAGUGACUCUGUAGACUACAAUACAUUUUAUGAAAGUCAGACUUAUUAGGAUUUCGCACUGGCCAAUGGUGUUCGAUUACGUGGAUGUUUAUGGAAAUAUGCAAACGUGUGAAUGAAAUUUACAGGUACAAAUUAUUUGCAUGUAUUAAUCGUCCGUCGGAGCAUCUCCCAGGCAAGGUUCAUGCUGAAGUGACUCCAAUAAAAUCCCAGAGAAUACGAAGCUUGCCAGUUAGCCAAGAUCUGGGAUUUAUUGAAGUGUCCUGGUGCUGGAAAUGAGAGUAAAAUACACAGCAAAAUGAUGAAUCAAAGGAUUUCAUCAAUAUUUGUACAGCAUGACGGUGAAUAAUGACGCCGGACGAAGCUAAACUCUUCACAGCCUCUUCAAUGCCGAAGGGGACACUCAUGUGCUAUCUGGCUAAUAACAAAUUCUGCCUUCAAAUCAAGUCUGUUUUCAGACAACAACUUGUCGAUUCUGUUGUUAAAUGCCUGUUUUGUAAUAUGCAAUUUCAGUAGGCUACGGAUUCAACCACUUCACGCAUUAUUGGAAAUGUGUCCAAUGUAUUAGUUUAAUUGUAACAAUUGUGGGUUUAAGAUUUAGGCCUUUAUGCUGAUGUUUUUAUGGCUACAUUUAAUUUCUGAAUGCUUUAUGGAUAAGAUAGCCUAACUAUGCUACAUUCAUUUAAAUAUAAGCCUACAUUGUGCUAUAGCCUUACAUCGUAUAGGCUAAUAACAAUUAAAUUAAGCCUACCACUAUGCGUUAUAGCCUAUCAAAAAUCUUCGAACGCCACAAAAAUAUGCUAAAUAUCAUCAUAAUUCACCAUGUAAACCAUUCCGAAAAAAAAGGUCUUAUUGCCAAUGUUGCAUUUGUUGUACACACAAAAUGGUUUCAAUGUUUUCACAGUAGGCCUUCUUAUAAUAAUCUUUCUUCUGCACAGUGUCAACUCCCCUGGGUCAAGGUCGGGUGAACCAACUUGGUGGAGUAUUCAUCAACGGAAGGCCCCUGCCAAAUCAUAUCCGACACAAGAUAGUGGAGAUGGCCCACAACGGCAUCCGUCCCUGCGUGAUCUCUCGACAGCUACGAGUUUCCCACGGUUGCGUGUCCAAAAUUCUUUGUCGGUAUCAAGAAACUGGUUCCAUCCGACCCGGGGCAAUAGGAGGAAGCAAACCCAGAGUGAGUUCGAGAAACGUUCGACCUCACAAAAUUAUAGGCUAAUGAUAAUAUAAAUAAUACAUUUAAUAAUACCAGUUUUAUUAGCCUAUUAUUAUUAUUAUUAUUAUUAUUAUUAUUAUUAUUAUUAUUAUUAUUAUUAUUAUUAUUAUUAUUAUUAUUAUUAUGACUGUUUCCCAUUAUGGACCUGAGUUUUCACACCACCAAAUAUUCAAACAUCCAAGGCAUUUCUUGCAGAUAGCUAUUGUGUUCUAUUCCAUUUUUGUUGCUUAUUUAUUAGCCUACCACUGAAAUUGACCAAAACUUAGAAAAGGCAAUUUUGUAGCCUAGUUCAGGUGCAUUGAGACUUUGUAGGCUACUAAUUUAUUUAAAAAAAAAAACAUUUAAUUAAUCAAUUCAGAUAUUAUUUUUCCAAUUCUGCAUUAACCUGUACUGAUUUUUUUUCUUCUCAUGCUUCUUCUCUCCUCUUUUUUAUUUUUUAUUCUUCGUUCUCUAUUCUCUGCUUUAUUAAUUCUCUAUGCUUGUCAUUUUAUUUCUCCCUCUGUCUCUGGUUCUCCAUGUUCUGCUAUUGUGCUGUGUAAAUUAAACACAAAAGCAGGUAGCAACGCCUGAUGUGGAGAAACGGAUUGAGGAGUACAAGCGCGAGAACCCCGGAAUGUUCAGCUGGGAGAUCCGAGACAAGCUACUGAAGGACGGGGUGUGUGACAGAAGCACAGUUCCUUCAGGUGAGGCCUCAUCUGGUAAGCAACCCUUUUUACUACAAGAGUGUUAGAUCAUAGAUAUUGUUCUCCAUAGGCCUAUUAUAUGUCUCCCGAGUGGCGCAGUGGUCUAAGGCACUGCAUCGCAGUGCUAGCUGUGCCACUAGAGAUAAACAUAGUUCUCUAUAAUAGUGGUUGAUAUGAAAAAAAUGGUGUUGAUGAAAUAGUUAGGCGUACCUUAACCCCCAUAGUUUUAUGUGGACCAAAAACAGGCCUAGUGUCACUUGGACUUAAUUGUAUUAUUAUUAUUAUUAUUAUUAUUGUUAUUAUUAUUAUCAUUAUUUAAAAAUAUUUUUUUGCCUGUCUGUAAUGAUUAUGUAAUUACCCUACCUUGUUUUUCUUUUCUUGUAGUGAGUUCAAUUAGUCGUGUUCUGAGAACUCGAUUUGGGAAGAAAGAUGAUGAAGACGAUUGUGAUAAGAAGGAUGAAGACGGAGAGAAGAAAACCAAACACAGCAUCGAUGGCAUUCUCGGCGAUAAAGGUAGCCUAAUUCAAGUGGAAAACAUUUGCGUUUUAAAACACCCUCUUUUAUACGCACAAUAUCCUGUGUUUGCUCAAUGUGUUGCAAUAUUUUGCCUGAGAUUGUGCGUUGCGGCCUUCUUGUUCGUGGAAUGCUCUUUUGCACACAUUUUAGAUUUUUUCGUCCUGUUAAGUGGUUUGCCAAUACAAGCUUAACUAGACCUGCUUAAUUAUUUAUAUGAGCCUUUGAUGGAGGGUAUUUGAGACGGCAUUCAUUUGCACAACAGACUCCUCGUCCUCUGGAGCUGGUACAUGGUCCAUUGAAACGACAACUGACAGAUAGAUUACCGAUAUGAGAAUCAAAUCAAUUAGGCCUACGACCAGCAGCUCGCAGUGAUUCUUGAUCCUGGAUAUGAUUGUUUACUGCUUCAUAGCUGGGUAUUCUCAUACAGGCUAAAUAACCUGUAAAAUAAGCCAUUGAUUUAAUUGUAGUCUAAUUCGUUUUUUAUUAGGAUAUGUUCAUCUAUUUGUGUUUAUUUGAAAACGGCUUAUUAUUUCGUCCGUCUUUCAGUUGUUCAUAAAACAUUUUUUUAUUUAGGCUACUAAGAAACGGUUCUGUCUUUUGUCGUGGCUCUUUAUUGAGGGGACCUUGGUAUUCUGUGGUCAAAAUAUAUUAGGUCCUGUGCUUGAAAAAGACAGAGAUUUCCAAACGAAAUGAUCACAGAUUGUGUGUUGUUUAAACGGUCACACAAAAGGCCUUUCUCUAAAGCGACAGCCUCUCUCUAAACUUGAAGAUGAACUUCAGUCCUCAAGACUUCCACUCCAUUGAAGGCAAGGAUUCCGAGGUACAAAGGCAAACGCCUCAAAAGCAGGGCAGCGAAAAGAAGGAGCGUGCUGGGUUUUUUUCACACUAAAAAAACCGUAAUAAAAGAGGGAGAAACUUUGGACAAAAGGCCAAGAGGAGAACUAAAGGUGAAUUAAUUAUUCAAUCCACCCUGCUGGUAGAUAGUUUGGUAAUAUUAUAGAAUCGUCAGUGGAAUAGAUUAAGCAAUGGAGGGUGCAAAAUGUGGUUGGACUGUUGUUAGGAAAUGCCUAAUUUACAUUUACAUUUACAUUUUAGUCAUUUAGCAGACGCUAUUUUUUGUAUAUUUUUUUUGGGUAGAUUUUUGGAAUCUAGCUAUUUUGUGUCUGAACACUUACUUAUGCUUUCUCUCUGUAGGGGGUGCAGUAAAUGGUUCUGUCAGUUAAUGUAGCCUAUAAAUUACUCUUAAUUUCUUUCUCAAACCCAUUCAUUGAUAGAAAUCAUGUUACGGCUAUAGUUUGUUGUCUAUGGGGGUCGUGUCAUGAAAUUGCCUGUGUUAAUUUAUCUCGAGCAUGAACAAGUGCAUGCAUAACUGACCUACCUAUGGGAUGUGACACCCGUUCAUUAUGGACUUCUGUAUAUUUUACGUAUCGCUGUGUGAUCAUAUAGUUUGCAGACAGAACGCCUCUCCAUGAUACUUAUUAGCUCGACAGCCGAAACGGGGGCCACGGCCAACAAUUGAACCGAUUCGGGGUCAGAGGGAGCAGUAGUGCUUUGAGUAAACCACAAUUACAUUUACGUCAUUUAGCAGACGCUCUUAUCCAGAGCGACUUACAGUUAGUUAGUGCAUACAUUAUUUUUUAAUACUGGCCCCCCGUGGGAAACGAACCCACAACCCUGGCGUUGCAAACGCCAUGCUCUACCAACUGAGCUACAUCCCCACCGGCCAUUCCCUCCCCUACCCUGGACGACGCUGGGCCAAAUAUGGAUAGAUAGAUAUAAUGUACAUUUACCCAUUAUGCCCCAAUGUAGCUCCUGUGUUUGUUUGGAGUGCAUGCUUUUGGAAAUUAAAUAGUCUCGCAAACCCUCCAUAAAUGUUUUGCCCAAAUGGCUUUUGAUGGUGACAUGUUGAAACCAGGAUACCAACUGUCUCAUUUCUGUAAUUCUUUAAAAGACUUGUCUCUGCACUUGUUUCAUGCUAUCAUCCGUCUGGCAUAAUAAUGUUAAAACUUAUUACAGCUCGUAAUGAAACCGGUGUCUGUUGAAUGGGCGUCUGUGUUGGAGAGGGGUGUAAUAUCUCGCAAGCAUGGUAAGAAAUGUAUUUAUCCCCUAUCAGCCCUCACUCUUGGAGUUUCAACCACAAACGUAAUGUUGAAGGGUUUUAGAGCAGAUUAAAUGUAGCCUUUUCUUUCUUUUCACUUUAAUCUGUAAACGGCUCACUCCGCAGCUAGCCCCAGGCAGAAAUUCAUGAUAUUUUACGUUUAUUUUAUAGUUGUCAAGAUUAUAAUUGUGUAUAUAUAUUUUUUUUUGUAUUAUUAUUGCAGUGGCGCAUAUAACUCUUAACAUUCCAAACUAGAAUCUGGUGAAAUGGAUAUGCUGUUUUGUUAGACUACACUAGAAUAGACUGACUAUAAGACAAUAGUCUCAAUAUACAUUGAAUGUACAAAACAUUAUGAACACCUGCUCUUUCCAUGACAUAGACUGACCAGGUGAAUCCAGGUGAAAGCUACGAUCCCUUAUUGAUGUCAACUUUUAAAUCCACUUCUAUCAGUGUAGAUGAAAGGGAGGGGACAGGUUAAUUAAGUAUUUUAAAGCCUUGAGACAAUUGAGACAUGGAUUGUGUAUGUGUGCCAUUCAGAGGGUGAAUGGGUGAGACAAAAUAUUUAAGUGCCUUUGAACGGGGUAUGGUAGUAGGUGCCAGGCGCAAACAUUUUUCACGCAAACAUUUUUCCCCGUGUGUAUCAAGAAUGGUCCACCACCCAAAGGACAUCCAACCAACUUGACACAACGGUGGGAAGCAUUGGAGUCAACAUGGGCCAGCAUCCCUGUGUAACGCUUUCGACACCUUGUAGAGUCCAUGCCCCGACAAAUUUAGGCUGUUCUGAGGGUAAGAGGGGAUGCAACUCAAUAUUAGAAAGGUGUUCCUAAUGUUUUGUGCACUCAGUGUAUAUUUACAAAUAUCUUGUAGGAAAUUGUGAUCAAGAAACGUCAAGGCUUUAUUAGGUUAUCAUUAAUGUUUAAACUAUUUAAUUCAACAGUGAUAACGAUGUAUCUGCAUUGCUCAUCCCAUUGGCAUAGGUAGGCCUAUGGUCAAUGAAUGACCUCAUUUCGAAUUAUGCAUUGGUGCUGAGUGAAUGCACACCUAAAGGGUGAAAGGAGUGUAUCAGUCAAUUCAUAAAUAACAAUUGGUUUUGAUUAAACCAACACGCAACCAUGAACCAUCUGCAGCCCCAACAUAACACCAUCCCUCAUGCGUGAUAGAAGGAGCCAAUGAACACUUGAACAAAUGGGCGGAUUACCUGAGGUUUUUAAUCUAAUCAAACAGGGGCCAGGCGGGAUUUGUGAGUGUUGUGAGUAGGAUAAGAGGAAAUGUUACCGAUAGAGGCCACGAGGAGAUAGCGAGAUGUCAGUCAACUCCAGGCCCCAUGCAGACAAGGCCGCGCUUUGUAUUCAAUUUCAAACUACGUUUAAAACACUUCUUAAAAGUAGCCAUAUAGCCAAGCAAACACGUUUGGAAAUGAUAGAUAGGCUAGUAGGCCCUACCUACAACUUAAAGAGCGACCGAACGUACCCACAAAUGGCAUCAUGUAAAUUGUCUACUUAUUUAAAUGGUUUUAGAAAUGAGAGUGGAUGAGGUAUAUGUAUUGCGGCACAUUGGCCCCGUGUAGCUCAGUUGGUAGAGCAUGGCGUUUGCAACACCAGGGUUGUGGGUUCGAUUCCCACGGGGGGCCAGUAUGAAAAAUGUUAUGCACUCACUAACUGUAAGUUGCUCUGGAUAAGAGCGUCUGCUAAAUGACUAAAAUGUAAAAUGUAACAUUUGAGGAGUCAUGCAAUACUGAAUCGAAACAAAAGGAUGCAUCCACAUAUUCCGGAAUAUGCUCUGGCAUGCGUGCUGCUGUUUCCCCGAGAUAGUUAUAGAAAAUUAUAUUUAGGUGUCCAAAAUAAGCUUAGUUGAAAGAAAAAGGACGCUGGGAUGAGUCGAGAGACCCCUUCAAACAAAUCCAUCUGAAAUGGUGAGAGAGAGAUCUAGUAAAAGUAUGGGGAAGUUAUUUAGCUAUUAAUAACAUUUUUUCCUCAGGCAUCGAGAGUGACUCCAUCUACACUUUCUCGCAGCUAUUUGGCUGGGUUGAAAUUGAGGGAGACCCAAAUGUUGGAUAG